CCGGAGAGCAAUUGCGGCGAUUUGGAAGAAGUGCGCGGCGCACUAGGGUUUGCAACAAUGGAGGAAGGAGCACACCACGGCGGCCUUCCCGACCUAGGUCCAACCGGAGGAGGAGCCGAUGUCAUCAGCGCCCUCCCGGAGGAUCUGCUUCUCCAGGUCCUCUCCCGCCUCCGCUGCGCCCGCGCCGCCGCGCGCACCAGCCUCCUCUCCCGCCGGUGGAGCCGCCUCUGGACCCGCCUCACCGGUUUCACCUUCCGCGACCUCGCGCUCCACUCGCUCCAAUCGGCGCUCGACUCCCUCGUCCACGCCCCCGGCGUGUUCCUCCUCGACAUCCACUCCGAGGUGCCCCCGCCUGUUCCUCGGCGUGAGCUGCUAUACUACCUGCAGUACGCGGCCGGCGUCUCCUCACUGCUCCGCGCCGCCGCGGGGCUCUCGCCGGUGGAGCUCCGCUUCAUCGUCUCUCUCGGCCCACUUGCCCGCGUGACACCUGACUUAUUAUUGUGCUAUCCCCCAAAGGUGGACCUCCCCUGCUUCCACCGAGCCACCUCCAUCGACCUAUCUGGGUUGGAGUUGGAGUUGGACCUCUCUCUCUUGGCCGAUCCACCGGCAAGCCGCUACAUGUUCCCCGCUCUAGAGGUGCUGUCCCUCUCUCGCUGCUGCGUGGACAUUGCCGACUUGCUCCUCCAUUGUCCGCGCCUGCGCGUGCUAAGGGCGACCGACUGUUCGCUCGGCGACACCAUCCGCUCGGCGUCCCUGCAGGAGCUAGUUCUAGAGAUCAAGACAAGGAGUGUGGAUAUCGAGGUCCCCACGCUUAAGCAAUUGACACUAUCCUUAGACACUCGCCACGAGCUCAGGCUGUCCGUUUUGGCACCUAUGAUGGAGAAGGUUCUGUGGCUAUGCCACUAUUCCAGGGUAGCUGCUGGGAUUGGCCUUUGGGGCCUUGCGAUGGUGAGGUUUGAGACGGAGAGCAAUGCCCUAUGCCUGUGGAUGGACUGUCUUCACUCAUUUAGUUUCCCACGCACUGAACUCAGCCUUGCGCAAGAAAUAGAGCAACAUCUAGUGGUUUGUAACUUCUCUGUUUUGGAUCUACAUUUCAACUCUUUCAAAACAAGCGGGCACGCUUUUGGAGCAUUUGUGUUUCGCCUCCUGGCGAUUCAUCGGAUUCGUACUGCUACAAAAAUUCUUAAGAUAGGACUGGGGGAGAAAGCAAUAGCAUGCCCAGUAUAUUGUCCCUGUGAUGAGCCUAAGAACUGGAGAAGCGAAACUAUCACCUUGAUCAAUCUUGAAGAAGUGGAAAUCAAUGUCUUCAAAGGACAGGAGCAUGAUUUUGAUUUCUUGAGACAAAUAUUCAAAUGCACACCAAUGCUGAAAAAAAUAGCUGUGAAGCUUUCGGAUGAUGUCACAACAAGUAACGGUUCGUGCACGAAAAUAUAUGACAUCUUCAAGGAGUACCCUUAUGUGGAAUGCAGUGUUGUUCCUAGUUCUGGGCCAGAGCACAGCACCCAAAGUGGUGCGUCGACAUGACUCUCAGACUGGUUUCAGGAUUAUGCUUGGUGGCUUCAACCCAUAAGCUAGUGUUGUUUUGCUACUGUGAUGGAGCUGCUGGCUGGAAGUGGGUUAGUUCGUAAAUGUUAGCCAUGGCCUAUUUAUAUAUGGCAUUAGUGAGAGAGAGGAAUGUUGGAUAGUCAAGCAUGCAUUGCCAGUAUUUGCAAGUGUUUCUGCUCCGAAUGUUUUAGAUGGAUCGAAUUAGCUCACUCACGGUCUCACGAUGCUAUUACUACGGUGAUUUAUAUA